AGACCUCAGUAGUCAUUUCCCCUAGGGUUUUACUCAGGUUUAAGCCCCAAAACCUUGCAAUUCUCUCUCCCUCUCUCUGAUCAAACUCUCCAUCAAUGGCUACCUCAAACUCAAUGGCAGCAAUUUCAAGAAGACUAUAUCGAAAUCUCAUCUCAAAUAAAAAACCCUCUUGUUAUCUUAAUCACACUACCAAUUCCUUCUUCUCCACUGGACCUUCAAUUCCAGACGACAACUUGGAUAAAUUGCUAGACGAGUUACCAACUCUCGACUCGGACACUGAAUCGACCGAGUUACCCCCUGAUAACUCCACCGCUUCCUCCUCUGAGUUCUCCUCAACUUCCCCCAAAUCGGCAGGACACCGUGCCUACAAUCAGACGGUCCUUGAAGGUGGCUUAGACAUCGGCAUUUACAAGGCUAUAUUGGUUGGACAAGUAGGGCAGAGUCCUAUGCAGAAGAGGCUGAAGAAUGGGAAAUUGAUGACGCUUACUACUGUAGGAACGGGUGGGAUUAGGAAUGAGCGGAUUCCAUUUCCUAAUGAAGAGCCGAGGGAGUAUGCUGAUCGUUGUAAUGUUCAAUGGCAUCGGGUUGCUAUCUAUCCAGAACACUUGGGUGAUGUUGUAAUGAAGAAUGCUCCACCUGGUACAAUACUUUAUCUGGAGGGAAAUCUGGAGACAAAAAUCUUUACUGAUCAAAAUACAGGUCUUGUUAAGCGAAUGAGGGAAAUCGCGAUUCGGCGAAAUGGGCGUGUUGUGUUUUUGGGAAAUGGUGGUGAUUUCAGUCAGCCAUCUGCACAUGAGCUCAAAGGUGUUGGCUAUUUCUGAAUCCCGAAGGACAUCACUGUUCAUUUCUCUCAGGCACAUGAUUCAUGAUUGGAUCAGUCUUCAAGUCGACCUCAAAGGACCAGUGCUCAUGUUUUCAAGCAUCAAUAUGUAGGCCGCAAAUCGGAUUGCCAAUAUGCCAUUUACAAUAAUCUAACAGAGACAGAGAGUUGUGCCUUAGAAACGUGAAGGAUAGUAGCUUGUGUACAGCCUGUUUUCCGAUUGCAAGUUCAUUGAUGGUACUUCCCUAACAAAGAAUUACAGUAGAUUUUGUUUUUUUGGUUGAGUUGGAAAGCACAAGUAGAGUUUGAAGUUGCAAACGUUGGUGUUGUUACUGCUAUCAUAUGAGAUAUGACGGAAAAUAAGUUGUUGAAUAGACCUAAACAUUUUUUAAAAUAGGAAAGCUGACUGCCAAAAGGCCCAAAAGGCAUUAACUGGAGUCGGGCUCUUUGGUCGGAAAAUAUUAAAAUGUUUAUAUAAAAAUUACUAAAUGAAUGAUUUUGCUAUGGCUACAUUUAAAUUGUAGCCAUGGUAACUAUCUCCGA